AUGUGUGUUCGUAUUAGGAAUAAAGGCAAGAAAAAAGUGGCACGAGAUGAUUUACAUGUGAUUAAUUGUCACACUAUUGAGAUAUGGAACGAACAACUUCAGAAAGGCAAUGAGUCCAAAAACCUUAUGGUGAUUAAUUUCACUGCUUCAUGGUGUGGACCAUGCCGUCGCAUUGCACCAUUCUAUAGAGAGUUGGCUAAGAAAUUUUCCAAUGUCAUGUUCCUUGAGGUCGAUGUCGAUGAUUUAAUGUCGGUUGCUCACGAUUGGGAAGUGGAUGCAAUGCCGACCUUCUUGUUUUUGAAAGAAGAAACCAUACUAGACAAGAUGGUGGGAGCAAGGAAAGAAGAACUCCACCUAACUAUUCAAAGGCACAUUCCCAAUUCAACUCACCAUUCUCAUAAUAUUUAA